UGGGUGAGGGCUCCGCCACGCCGCUCCGGGAUCCUCUGGCGCAGAGAGAUAGCGCAGCUUGGCCGCCAGCGAGCACCGAGCCGGGCUGGGAGGGCAGACGAUGUGAUCUAAUACGGGCGGCCGGCAGCAGCUACGGGCGGAGCGGCACUCAAGCAGCUGUCGAACUCGGCGCUGCUUAUUAGUGUGUGUGUGUCUGUGUGUGUGUGUGUGUGUGUGUCGUCGUUGAGCGGAGGCGCAGAAGCCCGGAGGCUGACCGAAGCGCUCUAUUGCGGCUCUGUAUUUCAACUCAGCCAUGAUGUCAGUACAAACUCCUCCUCUUUCCCGCUCUGGCUCCUCCCCCUCUAAUGUGGGUCUGGCCAAUCGCAGUGGCCCCUCCGCUACUCCUCCCACCUCCCUCAGCCUUCGCUCUUCAUACAAUCAGUUGCUUGGGCGAGAUGUCAUCAAGGAGUCUAUGGAAACUGGAAGUGCGGCCACCUUGCCAAAGAGCCGUCAGAGGUACGCAAUGACCAGUGUGCGGAGCGCUAUGGGGAUAAGUGACAACUUGGCUUUGUCUUCUAAAAACCAACCUGUGACCAGAGGGAGGGGUCUCCCCACCAAGUCCUCCUCCAGUUCUGCCCUCUACUCCUCCUCGUCCUCCUCCUCGCUGUUUAAUACAAACAACCCCAAACUGGCUAAGAAUGGGGCCAACAUGCAGCGAAGAGCUGAGAGUCAGCAGCUGGAGCUAAGCAGGGCCAAUACAGAGGGCAAAAUUCACAAUGAUCCGAUCAAUAACCCCAGUUCUGACUGGCUCGAAUUUGGAAUAGACAACUCACAGUUGCCCCCGUUCCGUAGAAGGACCAAGAGCUUCUUGGAGUAUCAUGGGAAGGGCUGGGAUCUGGACCUCAACAAAGAUGACAAGGAGGAGAAGAAGCAGCAGCCUCCUUCAGAGAAGGAGCAGAGCAGCCCUGCCAAGGAGAGGGAGAGCCAGAAGGAGGAGAAGUCCAGCAGCAAGCAGACCUGCCAGGAAGAGAAAGAAGAGGUGGAACCAGUGGUGGAGGAGGAGAAAGAGGAAAAUGACCCCACACCCACACCAAGGCAGCCCCUUCUACCAGUGGUGGUGGAAGCUCCGCUGUCCCCCACGUCCUCCUCCUCCUCCUCCUCCUCCUCCAACAACAGCCCAGAAUGGGUCCCAGACCAUCCCAACCUACUCCUAAACCAGGCUCCAGUCCAGGUCAGAGAGGAGCUCUGUGCCCAGAUUCAGGCGAGUCCACGCAGCCCUGCAAAGCCCCCCAGAAGCUCCCAGCCCCGGGUGAUCAAGGUGGAGCUGCACCCUAACAACGAGAACCAGUUCCUGCAACAGUACCCACCUUCUUCCCCUAAACAGGCCCGGGCUGCAGAAAGGAACACCCCAACCAGGAUCCGGGCACCCCCUGCCCUCCCAGAUCCUGAACCAGUGAUUAGGCUUCCUAAAGUGGGCUUAAGAAUGGAUCUGACUCCUGAAACUCCAUCAGAGGAUGAAGACUCCAGUUGGACCACCCUGUCCCAGGAGACGCCCUCUCCUCAGACUCCACGGGAGACAGCAGAUGUAUGGAGUGAGGGGGACCUGCCCCCUGGCUGGCGGGAGAUAUCAGACUCAUCAGAGGUCUAUUUCUGGCACAUCCCCACUGGCACAACACAGUACCACCGACCUGUUGCCUCCGGCAACCAAAACACCUCUCCCAUCAAUGAGCCAGACACUCAGCACGACCCACAGGAAACGCAGGACUCCCUCAAGCCACCAAACGAGCGCCCCAGCAGUCUGAUAUCUGACAGUUCGGUGGAGCCGGUUCCGUCCCCCUCUGGCUCCUCCCCAUCCUCCUCCUCCUCCUCCACUCCCUACGAUGAUGUCACCUCUUCUGGACCAAAUCUCAACACCACCACCUGCACAGCCAACGAGCUGAAGGACUAUCCAGUCUAUCCAGAUCCCAGUCUGAAGGCGUUUGAAGGGGCUACCUUGCGCUAUGCCUCACUUAAACUCAACGCCCCAGCCCAGCUAGAGACAGUGGACCUCAACAAUACCCUCUCCGAUCCAGAGGGAAUGUCAUUUCCAGUGCGAUCUCUGGGCUGGGUGGAGAUGGCAGAACAGGACCUAUGUGAGGGGAGGAGCAGCGUGGCCGUCCACCACUGCAUCAGACAGCUGUCCUACUGCAGGAGGGACAUACGGGACUCAGCCGGUGUCUGGGGAGAGGGUAAAGGGAUGCUCUUGGUGCUUCAAGACCGCAUGUUGACCCUUGUUGACCCAGAUGAUCGCAGCCUACUCCACUCUCAGCCAAUCAGUAGCAUCCGUGUCUGGGGAGUCGGCCGAGACCAUGACAGAGAAAGGGACUUUGCCUAUGUGGCGAGAGACAAAAACACGCGGGUGCUGAAGUGCCACGUGUUCCGAUGUGACACCCCUGCCGCAGCCAUCGCCACAAGUCUCCACGAAAUCUGCUCCAAGAUUAUGGCUGAAAGAAAAAGUGCCAAGGCUGCAGCUAGCAGCUCCUCCCAGACCGGCUCUGAUGUACCCCUACAGGAGUUUCCCAUGCCAAAGACUGAGUUGGUGCAGAAGUUUCAUGUGCUGUAUCUGGGCAUGACGUCUGUGUCUCGCCCCAUAGGUAUGGACAUCAUAAAUGGAGCUGUAGAAAAUCUCCUGUCCUCCACAGGCAAAGAGGACUGGACUCCUGUGAUAUUAAGUAUUGCUGACACCACACUGGCUGUCAUCAAAGAAAAGGAAGAGGAAGAGGAGGUGUUGGUGGAGUGUCGAGUACGCUUCUUGUCCUUCAUGGGCGUGGGACGAGAUGUGCACUCAUUUGCCUUUAUUAUGGACACUGGGAGCCAGCAUUUCCAGUGCCAUGUCUUCUGGUGCGACCCCAACGCAGGCAGUGUCUCUGAGGCUGUGCAGGCAGCAUGCGUGCUGCGGUAUCAGAAGUGUCUGGUGGCACGGCCGCCCUCCCAACGUGCUGGCUCCUCAUCCUCGCCCUCUGCGGACACGGUGACACGCCGAGUGACCACCAGCGUGAAGCGUGGCGUCCAGUCUCUCAUAGACACUCUGAAACCCAAGAAACAGCCAUCGGAACUCCCCCAGCAAUGACCGUCACCAGUGACCACAGCACCAUCCCAACCGACACCUCACACACUGUCAUCGCCACAACAACACCUAGUCAGUACCAGCCAUGGUAACCAAUGAUGUACAUACAUGUUAACAAACUCCACAGCAGAUGAAGGAAAUGAGAACAGUCCUCCAGUGAGCCUGAUGAUAAUGAAAACAAUGACAAGUAAACUGAUCUGUUUCAUGAGGAGGAAUGAAAAGCUAGUGUCACUGGUUGAACUUUGACCUUUGAAUGCUGCUGUGUCCAGGUGGAAACCACCUGCUGGCUUCACUGGUCCUUACUUUAUGUGGAUUUAUGGGACUGGAUAAAUUAUUUGAUGAAGCAGACAGGACAAAGGAUAACCCAGAAGAAAAAGAUCACAUUUCUAUUAAUAGACUGGUUUAUCAUUGGUUUACUCCCAUUGUCUUUCAUGCUCUGUCCCGUCCUGUAAAAACAUCAUCAGCACAGUAAGAGCUCCUGGACUGGACGCCUGAAACGCUAAGCUAUGAAUGCCUUUUCAGGACAGACAAGGUGACAACUUCCUGUCAUGGCAUCUGAACAGAUGAAUAAGAAAGAAAAC